UCAGUGCAACACCUGCUGCCGCCGCCGCCGGGCCGCGAUGAGCCGCGUGGUCUCGCUGCUGCUGGGCGCCGCUCUGCUGUGCGGCCACGGAGCCUUCUGUCGCCGGGUGGUCAGCGGCCAAAAGGUGUGUUUUGCUGACUACCAGCACCCCUGCUACAAACUGGCCUAUUUCCAGGAACUGUCCAGCCGAGUGAGCUUCCAGGAGGCGCGCCUGGCUUGUGAGAGUGAGGGGGGCGCCCUGCUCAGCCUGGAGCACGCAGCAGAACAGAAGUUGAUAGAAAGCAUGUUGCAAAACCUGACAAAACCAGGCACGGGGAUUUCUGAUGGCGAUUUCUGGAUAGGCCUCUGGAGGAGUGGGGAGGGGCAAGCGUCUGGUGCCUGCCCAGACCUCUACCGCUGGUCCGAUGGCAGCAGCUCCCAGUACCGAAACUGGUAUGCGGAUGAACCUUCCUGUGGAAGUGAAAAGUGCGUUGUGAUGUAUCAUCAACCUACGGCCAAUCCUGGCCUUGGAGGCCCCUACCUUUACCAGUGGAAUGACGACAGGUGCAACAUGAAGCACAAUUACAUCUGCAAGUAUGAACCAGAGAUCAAGCCAACAACUCCUGGAGAGAAGACUUACUUUACAAAUCAACCAGAAGACACCCAUCAAAAUGUGGUUGUUACUGAAGCAGGCAUAAUUCCCAAUCUCAUUUAUGUUGUCAUACCAACAAUACCACUGCUCUUAUUGAUACUGGUUGCUUUUGGAACCUGCUGUUUCCAGAUGCUGCAUAAAAGUAAAGGAAGGACAAAAACUAGCCCAAACCAGUCCACACUGUGGAUUUCAAAAAGCACGAGAAAAGAAAGUGGCAUGGAAGUGUAAAAACUUAUUGACCGGCUCCAGAAAAGAAAACAGAGGUUUGUGUAAGGAAUGGUAUCAGAACCUUAGCUUGGAAUGGCUUGAAAUCUCAGAGGAUCUGCAAGAUGAACUGUAAGCUCCCUCUUGAGGCAAAUAUUAAAAUGAGUUGUCUAUGUUUAUUUCAUUUACAAAAUAUGCUGUGCUAAUAAUGGAGUGAGACAUGCUUAUUUUGCGAAAUGAUGCACCCAAACUUCAAGUAAGUGGAAUGGGCCAUGCAGAUAAACUUGCUGUCAACACAUCGGCAGUAUAUGUGUCAGAAGCGGUUAUUUUUGUUCCUUUUACCUUUCAUAAGUUGUAACCUGGUUACUGUAAUGUAAAUUGUAUCGAAAUUUACGGUGUGCAAAUAUAUUUUACCUUUACGUAAGUGUUUGAUAAAAAUGGACUGUUCUAAUAUUUAUUUUUAUGGUGUUUCAUUUUUCAAUACAUGCUGUUUUAAUUAAAGAAAUUUAUCACUGUGGUCAGCUGAAUUCACAAACAUAAAUAUAUUACCAUAGGAAAAAGUUUCCUUUCUAGAAAUGGUUCAUCUUUCAGUUUCUCUGCUUUGGAUCAGACAAUGUGUAGGAGAUCUCUUCAGAAAUAAGAAGUUAUUUCAUUAACUGUGGUAUAAAUCCACACAAAUAUUUUACUUAGAGGCAAGAAUUGUCUAAGUUCAAUUGUGCAAGACAUGUGCCUUACAAUUAUUUUUCGUUUAAAAUUCAGCAGAUUUUGUAAUAACUUUGUUAAUAACUGUAUAAAUGAUAUACUCAAUCUAGAACGAAAAUAGUGGUAUAUACAUUAUAAAUCAUAUGUCUUCACAUGUUGCCUAUAUAACCACAAGUAGCUCGCUGAGGGCUCUGGAAUCAAUUUGGUCCCUCCCUUGACCACAAAAUAAAGGGUUGUUUGGGGUUUGGGAAUAAAACUGGAGGCAGAUAGCUGCAUCGUUUGUCUAAGGUUUUCUUCUAGCUCUGAUUUGCCUCUAUCAGCAAAUGAAGGGGUUUGACAGUUGGGACCAGGUGAGUGGUCACAUUGGUGUGAAGGUAAGCACAGUACACUAACAUUUCAGUGAGGAAAGAAAGUUAUGAGUUAGUGUGAAAAAACGACUGGAGGGCAUGGAUAGUCACUGUUCAUUGUUAAGGCUUUGGCUGGGAGAGUAAAUUGGGGCUCUUCUGUCUUAUCCCCUGGUUUCUUCAAUGCUUGUGGCUUCUUCUUCUUAAGAGAGAGUUGUAACUAGCUGGUCUUCACAUGUCCCUGUGCUCCUUUGAACCAAAUAAAAAGUUCUUGUUUCUGAA